UAAUUUAGAAUGAAUGGGAUGUUCCACCCCCACACGACUCAAAUUGGUUUCGUCCGUAACCCGGUAGAUCUUCCUCCUGACCCUUGCAACUUCCUUUCCUGCAACAGCCAUCGAAGAAAAUGGCAAAGAUCAAGGCUCGCGACCUGCGUGGCAAGAAGAAGGAAGAGCUGCUGAAGCAGCUGGAUGACCUGAAGGUCGAGCUUUCCCAGCUCCGCGUUGCCAAGGUGACCGGAGGCGCAGCUUCCAAGCUCUCAAAGAUUCGCGUCGUCCGCAAGUCCAUCGCCAGAGUCUUGACAGUCAUCAACCAGACCCAGAAAGAAAAUCUGAGGAAAUUCUACAAGGGCAAGAAGUACAAGCCCCUUGACCUGAGGCCCAAGAAGACUCGUGCCAUUCGCAGGCAGUUGACCAAGCACGAGGAAAGCCUGAUGACCAAGAAGAUGCAGAGGAAGUCACGCCUGUACUCCAUCCGCAAGUUCGCUGUCAAGGCCUAGGCUGUACAAUUUUUUCAACAGACAAUAAAACACCCCAAAAAAUGA